UUUGUUUCGCUUGAGAAAAUUAAUACUUCCCUACCGUAAUUCUUAUCUCUAUUCAUGGUAAAUAAUGGCAGUUGUGAAAGAGGAAAAACCUGAAGUCUUUUUCGAAGAAAAUGAAACCGACAUCUUUGAGGAUGAUGACAUUGUUAGUGAAUUGAUAGGUUGCUCCGGAGAGGAAUCAACAUCCAGUACUGUUCUGAAGUACAUUCUCAAUAUAAAUGAGGCCUUCAACCUGUCUUCUGAAGACAUCGAUCUACUGAAGCGUAUUAAAAACCGAUUAGAUGACACUUGUGUACCUUUAGAUGCCCAAGAGCGCUUGACCAGGAUUAACAUUAAAAUCGACUGGACUGUUCCUGUGCAGCACACAUUGGAGUCAAAUAUCUCUGGUGAGGUAUCAAAUCCUCGCAAUCUACUGAAAGAGUUGAAAAAAAUGAACUUGGAUGUUGAAAUGGAUACUAAUCGGUUCACAGAAGAAGAAGAUAGAUCAAUAGAGGCACGUUGGACGCUUUUUAGCACGGAAUACAAUUUUCCAGACCCAGGCUGCUUUAUUGCGUUUACAAGGUUUGGAGGCUGUCUGCCGAAACACGAAAGAGUGAAAUUUGCUCAAUAUUUAGGCAAGGACCUUCCCAAUAGAUUCCUUUGCUCAAUACUCCACCGAUUUUCCCAGUUGUAUGGGAAAUGGAUUCAAAGAAAGUAUAGCAAAGAAGAAGAUCAACUUUUACUGCACAUUAAAGAGAAAAAUUUCAUUAAGUAUAAAAGUAUUGUUUCGUCUUUAAUGUUGAAUAGAACUUCAAAUUCCGUCAUUACCAGGACUUACAAACUAAGUACUCCGAAAGAAAUUCUCUACGGUAAAGAAAGGCGUAAAUGGCGGGGAUUCAGAGACGACGAACGUCUUAUCAUGUAUUUAAUGCGUAAAACUGGUUCAAAAACAUUAGCCGAUCUGGAGACUAAGACCAUUCAAAUAACUCAUUUCACUGGCGCAGCGAGAAAAUUGCACUGUCAUAUUCUAACUGCCCUCAGCCGAUGGAAGUUCCGUUUGAGCACUCAGCUUUUUGCGUCAGCUCCGCUCUACAAAUAUGAACUCUGCAUCAAGUUAAUCAAAUGGUUAAAAGAGAAAAACUACGGAGACUGGAAUGACAUUGACUGGCCAGAACUCUGCAGCGACCUACAUAACUGCCAGAAAAACUUUUUAGCCGCUCUUUUCCGAAGUAUCAUCACGAAAUUUGAUGCCUAUUAUCGCAGUUACCGUUAUGAUUUCAGAAAGUGUAUUAAUUAUCUUUAUGAAACGGCAUUACCCUAUUUUGAAGAUAAACUCUCAAGUGAUAUUAACAUCAACAGGUAUCGCCUAAAUAGAGUUGGAUACUUGGUUGCUGUUCGGUGAAAUUGUGUCUUGUGUGAAGAGACUUUCAACUCUGCCUGUUUGAAAUAGCAGUAAUGAUGGUCAAAAACAAGAUUAUGACGUGUUGCUGUAUGCAAGUUAUGUUUUUACUUUGGUUCAAAUAAGAAAGACCUUUGUUGACUUCAGAGAGAGAAUUACACAUCCACAAGAACAGUUUUCUAAUUUGUUUCAAUUUUCUUCAAGAAAAAUACUAGAAGGGAUGAAUCUGUUUUGUUUUUUGAAAUUUCAUUUUAGAUAUUAUAAUCUCCAAUACGCUUUACAUUUCAGCAUGGAAAAUUUUAACUUUAGAACUACUUUGAGAGAUUUUUCAACAGCUGAACAUCCUAUAAUUUCAAAUUGUUUUGCUAGAAGCUCAGGACUUUUGGAAGUUUUUUUUUUUUUUUUUCUGUCAGGGCUGUUGCAUAACUCUUAUCUUUAUUAAGGACUAACUGUCUUGUGUAAGAGUUUGUUUAAAAAGUUACGAAUCAAUGAUUACUGCACAAUUUGCCAUAACUAGAUCUUUUAUUUUCCUUAAUAUAUUUGACUUCUUGGUGUUUUUUUUACGAACACCCGAUCAUGUAAAAUUCGUCUGUCCGGUUUCUUUUUGUUGUUCAUUGUUUACUUUCCUGUAAUUGUUACUUUCUUAAUUUAUUCUGAGUACAAAAACAUUUUUACAAACAA